AUGGCGCGCCCGAAAUCAGUCCGCGCGCCAACAACAGCCAGUCUCCCAAACAACCUACGCAUUCCCUCAUCAACACCCUCUCUCGCAAAAACUCUCGGCAAGCUAUCGCGGCAAGCGCUACUAGGGCUCGCUUUAACAUGGCUCGAUGAUCGGAAUAUCACAUCGUUCCCGCCAUAUCUACAAGCCGAUGAAGAGAAUGGCGGCGACGACGAAGACACUCUACCGUACCCCGCCGCCGAAACAAUUGAAGAAGUUCGCAAUGCAUACCAAGACCUACAAGAUCGAAAGGGUGGAAAGCGUGAAGUACUCGAGCGUAUGCUCGAGGGCGAUUGGAGAAAAGGCAUCACAUUGCGACAGCUCGCAAUGGCGGACCUUCGAUACAUGGACAACCACCCAGCCAGUUUACGAUGGACCGCCCUCGAGCUCAGUCGCAUCGACGCAAGAAAAAAGCCAAUCGAGAAAGGAAAAGCCGACGACUGGUCAAACAACGUCCCUCGCAUGCAAACCGCAACCUUCGUGAAAGGUCUCCAGCAAGAGAUCGCCCCGUUAGUGAAAGCACACUACCACCUAGCCCGCUCAUCAACUCUCCCUCUUACAAUCCUACGAAUCUUCAUAAUCGACUCACCCUAUCAAUCACCUCGCCAAGCUCCCGAGAUCUUCGCCGACUCCUCGCGUGUCAUCUACGUCGCAUUCCCGGACAGUUGUCCCUACAUUUACACCUCCAUCACAGCAACAGGUUCCAAACAAGCAGGUCCGACUACAAGUUCCGUGGCGACAGAUCCUCGAAGCCUACAGCGUCUUGUGCGCGAUGCGAUUCCCAAGGCACUCUCUCGGCCGCAGGAACGGUAUACCUUGAAACCAACAUCAUUAGCCGCAAAGAACCUACCUACCCUCCUUGCACUUCGCGGGCCGGGCAGAUCAACUUCUGCGAAUGGUGCAUUCAGCAUUUUUGCCGACUCGGCUCUUGAAGGGAGUCCAUUGGAUCCGCGUCUCUCGAAUACAGUCUCGGCGGAAGAGCAUAUGCGCAGUUGGAAGGCGACUGUUGAAAAUAAAGAGAAUGAGAUUAGUGCCGACCAGGCACAUGAGUCGAAAAAACGCAAAGCGGCAGAUACCAACCCUGGUACAUUGUCACCGACAUCUAAGAAGCGACGCUUGGCUGUGCAGGGUCGCUUUGGAACAGCGGGCGGGUCACUAGCACCAGCACCGUUGGAUCGUCUGGAUGUUCGACUUCUGGAUCAGCCUACCUUCGACGAUGAGGAUGAUGAAAACAGCUCCAAUUUGCCUGCGGUAUCGCUUACUUUUACCGGCUCGGAUGUUAUUGGUGGAAUACGCAAGCUUGCUGAGCUGGGCAUUAUUGACCCCAAGCGAAUGCCAUCCUGGAUGACAGGCGAAGAAGGCGUCAGUAUGGCCGUUGUUCGGGGUGGGAAGAGGCUUCAGAAGGAAGCUUAA